CUAAGCAUUUUCUCGAUCUCUGCUUCAGCGUUAUUGUAAAUUCUGUCCCAAGCAAUUUAUUGGCUUUAUGACUAAAUAAAUUUCUAGGCAAACGAUCCGCGCAUAGGAAUGGGGGUUCCGAAGUUCUACCGAUGGAUAAGCGAACGGUAUCCCUGUCUGAGUUCCGCUGUCAAGGAAUAUCAGAUUCCGGAGUUCGACAACCUGUACCUUGACAUGAACGGAAUUAUCCACGUCUGUUCGCACCCCAAUGAUGAUGACCCACACUUUCGCAUUACAGAAGAAAAAAUCUUCUUGGACAUAUUUAAUUACAUAGAUUUUCUGUUUCGGAUGAUCAAGCCCAAGAAGACAUUCUUCAUGGCUGUUGAUGGCGUUGCCCCCAGGGCCAAGAUGAAUCAGCAGCGAGGCCGCAGAUUCAAAUCUGCAAAGGAGGCCGAGGCACUGGAGAAGGAGGCACGAGACAAGGGAGAGGUCCUGCCUACUGAGGAGAGAUUUGACUCAAACUGCAUCUCACCUGGCACCGAAUUCAUGGCACGGCUGCAGGAUCAGCUGCAGCAGUUUGUGGCCACAAAGGUCUCCACCGACCCUCUGUGGCAAGGCGUCAAGGUUUACCUCUCAGGCCACCAGACACCAGGUGAAGGGGAACACAAGGUGAUGGAUUUUAUCCGAACUGAACGAUCCCAGCCUGAUUAUGACCCAAACACAAGGCACUGUUUGUACGGGCUUGACGCUGACUUGAUUAUGCUGGGCAUCUGUUCCCAUGAACCACACUUUGCACUGCUUCGGGAGGAGAUUGUGUAUGGCAAGAGGCAAAGUCAAAAGCGGCUCAAUGUUCCUGAAGAGAUCACAUUUCACCUUCUUCAUUUGUCACUGCUUCGAGAAUACUUGGAGCUUGAGUUUCAAGCCUUAAAGGGGACAAUCUCAUUCGAGUUCAAUGUGGACAACAUCAUAGACGACUGGGUGCUGAUGUGCUUCCUAGUGGGCAAUGACUUUCUUCCACACUUGCCCAACCUCCACAUUGCUCACAAUGCACUGCCAGUUCUCUAUCAGGCUUACAUUGACGUGAUGCCAACGCUGGAAGGUUACAUCAAUGAGUAUGGAAAGCUAAAUUUGGAAAGGUUCGAAAAAUUUCUAACCAGGCUGUCUCAGUUCGACUACGAAAAAUUCACCGACGUUCAAGCUGACCAGAAGUUUUUAGCAUCGAAGAGAGCCUAUGCCGAAGCACCAAAUGGUAUUGUGCAGCAGAACGGGUCACCGCCAACUGACAAGGAGAAGACCAAGGAUCCAGACGAAAAACGCCUGCUGGAGAAGUUCAGCCACCUGGACAUUCCCGACUACGACAGUGAUGAGGAGCAGGAGGGUCUCGUCGAGAUGGAGUUUCGGCAGCACAAGCGGGACUAUUAUGUCAACAAGCUGGACUACAAAGAUGUCAACAAGGAAGUUAUGCAAGAACAAGCACACGGCUACGUCCGGGCUGUUCAGUGGAACCUGCACUAUUACUACAAUGGCGUACAGUCUUGGAACUGGUACUACCCGCACCACUACUCCCCUUACAUCUCGGAUAUCAAGGAUUUUCAAAACUUGGACAUGUCAUUUGACCUGGGCAAGCCGUUCUUGCCUUUCCAGCAGCUCAUGGCAAUUCUACCAUCUGCCAGCAAGAAGCUCGUUCCCAGUGCCUAUCAGGACCUCAUGGAGAAUGAGUCAUCUCCUAUCUUGGAUUACUACCCGAAGGAAUUCAACACAGACUUGAACGGGAAGCAGCACGAUUGGGAAGCUGUUGUGCUCAUACCCUUCAUAGAAGAGGGCCGCCUGCUUCCCGCCAUGGAAGAGCGCUUCGAGCAACUGACCGAGGAAGAGAAGGCCCGCAAUGGCCACUCGGGACACCUGCUGUUUGUUUACUCCGAGGAACCCCAGCCCGCUCGCCCCUGCAAGGGCGACCAGCUGCUGCCUAGUGUAGACGUGAACCACGCCAAAGUGACCGAAUUGGAUAAGGAUGCCUUUCGACUUCCUGUAUCCAUGAUCAAGAAGGGUCUUCUGGAGGGAAUCAGGCUGGAUGUUUACUUUCCUGGGUUUCCAACUCUGAAGCAUCUGCACUACACUGGAUGCUUGAAGAAAGAGUGCAUCAAAGUGUUCCAGGCCAUGACCAGGAAUGAAAGCAUGGUCAUCACGAUAAAUAACGAAGAUGAACGAACACUGGCAGAGAUAUCGAUGGAGCUCUUGGGCAAGUCCGUUUAUGUCGAUUGGCCCCAUCUACUUGAAGCUCUGGUGGUUGCUGUCUCCACUAGGGAUGAAAGACACUCCGUGGAGGUGCACAAGAAUGCAAAGAACUGUGACAGCGUCAGUAUCUACAAGUUGGCCAGUAGCGACCAGGAAGUGUUCGAUAUGCAAGUCAAUGGAAUCAAAGAACGGUAUCUGACACGCUAUGGCGUAAACGUCGGUGAAGUUGACAUCCUGGUCUUUUGCAAAACAUUGAUUGGUCGAAAGUACACCUGUACAUCCAAGGGCCGCAUCACACUUGAGAAGCAGUGGGCAGAGCUCAGCGUCCCAUUUGCACGGCAGUCUAUUGUGAAGGACAUCACUGAAAAGGCUCCAGACUUUGUAGAGUUCAAAACAGUUGAAGAGCUGUUCCCAGUUGGAAAGACAUGCUUCAUGAUUGGCAAUCCCCAUUAUGGCAGCCAAGGAAUGGUUGUCGAUGCCAAACCAGCCAACAAAGCUGGGCGUAUCCUAGUCAAGUUUACAAUACCCUUCGAGCCAAGUUUGGAUGGCAUCAUCCGGAAUGAAAGGAAUCUGUGCCAAGUCCAUUACAUGAACGCCCAUCAGCUAUCGCAACAGCUCGGGGUCAAUGCGCAGUUUGUGUCUCGCAUCACGGGCACUGUGUAUGUUCAGAUGAACAGCAAGGAGGCUGAUUCGGCUUCCCUUGUCAAUGUCGGCCUGCAUCUGAAGUUCAACAAGACAUCUGAAGAGAUUCCUGGGUACUCAAAGAAAAUGAAUGACUCUUGGCUCUACUCGACCAAGUGCCUUGAAGUACUCAAGCAGUAUCUGGCAAAGUAUCUUGACUUCGUGCAGAGAAUUCUUUCCUUCUUGGGACAGGACAAAAUUGCGGUAGAAGACCUUUACCCAAAAGGAGUGGGAAAAGAAGAGGUGAAGGAGGUGGCCAAGUGGAUAAAAGAGCAGGAGUGUUCCAAGGUUCCGCGGGUCAAGAGCGGCGCAAUGUUGCUUGACGAGGGCGUCAUCAAGGCCAUCGAAGAGACCAUCAACAGAGCCAAGGACACAGAGCCGCCACAGGAAGUGCUCUUGGACGUGCAGCCCAAGCACCUGUAUCAGCCGGGUCUCCAGUAUGGCUGGGUGCCGCCCGAUCCGAAGGCCGCGUACCAGUUGUUUGACCGAGUAGUGAAUGUCCGCGAGAACAUCGCAGUUCCUGUAGGAUACCGGGGCACUGUCAUCGGCCUUCUCCCAUGGCCUCACCUUCUGUUUUCUACAGUGGAGAAUAAUGAGCCGCAGAUGUGCGAAGUGGUGUUUGACGAGCCGUUUGCCGGUGGCUUGCCCCUGCGGUGCUCGGAACACCAUGGCUACCGCCUCUCCACUCUGUUUCUGGUGAACCUCUCGCACGGCAGCCGAGGGCAGCGGAGCCAGCAGCUCUACCAGGUGCCCACACGCCGCCAACAGCAGGCGGAUUCAUACUCACUGGUUGUUGGCAACAAGGUCAGAACCAGCUCGGCUCAACCACGGGCCACCCACGCGAGCACAGGCAACGGCUGGCAGGACUUGUCGCCACAGCGUCGGCAAGCGAAGAACAGGUUCCAUCAUUCUCCUAAUUCUCCAUUUGAGGCGCAAAAGUCAUCCCCAGCUCCUGAGUCAUCCGGUGAAAGCACGUCAGACUUUGCCUCCUUGUGGCUGGGGUUGCAGAAGGCGACGGCAGCCCCCACGCCCUGCACCCUACCAGCUGCUCAGCAGGCAUCACCCUCCUCGCUACACCAGGGCACUCCCCUCUCACUGGACGAGCUCUUCAAAGGAGCAAUGAACCAGGCGGAGGAAAGCCCAGGUAUUCCAGUGGCUCCAUCGUCAGCGAGCAUCCUCGAGGAGUUGGUGAAGUGCACGAAAGAGUCAAUGGGUGCAGAGCCAGAGCACUUUUGCAUUGGAAUGGAUGGACAGCCUCCGAAGAAAUUCAAGGCCUUUGUCGUCCUUCCGAACGGGAAAAAGUUUGCCAGCGCCUGCAUGGACAACCAGAAGUCUGCACUACAGGAUGCAGCCCAGCAAGCUCUUGCAUUUGUCACUAAGAAAACGCCGGCCCCUCAGCUGGUGCAACCAACUCCUAUAGCAGUGCAAGCUCAGCGACCCAACUUGCCCCUUCCCUUCGGAAACCCGCCACCACCACCGUUAUGUGGUGCCGGCAGCUUGGGGGCACAGUUUCGGAUGCCACCCCCAUGUGAGGCGUCUCUCAUUCCGGACUCCUUUGUGGAGAGCAACCGCCGUCUGAUGGAGACGUUGAACAGCAUGCCAAUCGAGCAUCCUCUGCAGCCCAGCUACGGCUUGUCAUGGCAAAUGCCGAGGAUGCAGGCACCAUUCACCCGCACCCCCUUGUACAUGGCAACAUCACCGGGCAAGGAGCAGUACCAACAGCGCCCCUACUUCCCCAAUCCCCGCAACGUUUUUGCGCCACGGCCUACAAUGCUCUCGUACCAGCAACACCAGCAGCAGCUUCACAGGCAGCCACAUCCGGACAGUCUGCUGCGACCCCAGCUUCCUGGCAGGUCUCCACAGAAGGACAGGCAGCUGGCACAGAGGGGCGGUGGUCGUCACGCGGAGCAGCAAUCCGAGCCUUGUCUUCCGCGGCCAGCCACUUUCCAUGAGCACCAACUCUCUGCAUCGGCCAGCGUCUUCGUGCCCACUCAGGUCAUGCGAAAGCAGCCUGCUCCCAAGCCAGCUACAGCCACAGCUGGUUCAAGUUCCCCGAGAAAGAACAAGGAAACUGCGAAAGGCGCAAAGGACCCACUGGCUGCGGCAGUGCCACCACCGAAGCUUGUUGAUCUCGACGCAAGUGCUCCUCCUGCAAAGCAGCCGACGGCUGCGUCAUCGUCUGCCAAGAAGCCAGAGGCAGCGGAUGUGGCCACAGCUUCAGCAAGCGCACAACAGCAAUCUGCGAAGGCCAAACCCAACCAGGAUUCCAGUGCCACAUUUGCCACCCCUGCAACGCGGGCAGCCCAAUCAAAGCCUCCGGCGCGCAAGUCGAGGCUGGCUGUGAAAUUCGACAACGCCCCCUCCUGAGGGGCCCAGUCACAGGUCACAUAGCGUGUUUUCAGUGUUCUAGGGGAAGCUCCUAUGAGAAGUCGUUUUGUAUUACGUGGAAGCUCAAUAGGUGCAGCCCACGGACGAGCAAAUCGGAUAAUAUAAAACUACACUUAGGUUCACUGGUGUACAGUGCACUUCUGUGAGUGGCCCCGCAGUGUAAAGUCUCGAUUUCCAUCUGCCACGCAGGUUUUAAUUUCUUUUCUUAAGUUUUCAUAAUUGCGCUUUUGGGUGCUUCUCAUCACAUAAACCCAAGUGGGGUUUAGUAACCCUUGAAUCACUGUUGCGAAUGUCCCAUUAGCAUGAAAUGUUUUAUUCAUCUCUCACUCUCAUGUUGGUUCAUUUAAAGCUGUGUUGAUUUUUGCAAGGGUUAAGACCUUGGCAAUCUGUGCUUGCAGUAGCUGCUUUUUAAUAAUUGCACACUGCCAUUACAGCAGUAAAUUGCAAUUUCAGGAGCACAUACAUCAUCUCCUUUACAGGAAAUGCUUCUUUUCCCCCUACUCUAGAUAAAAGCAAAAUUAUCCCUCUUGUUAUCAGGCUAAUGUAAACAGUGAUCAAUCUAGCUACCGAGUCAGCCAGAAUGAAGGUACAAGCCAACAGCAACCAGCAGCAGUUAGCAAAGGGAGCCUCUCUCUUUUGUGACGCAUACUGUGCAGCAGAAAUACCUAAAACAUUAUGUUAUUUAAAUUGCGUACUUUAUUGAUUACUUACAUUAUAAUCACUGGCGUUCUUCUGCUUUCUUGCGCUUUGAAACUCGAGGAAACCACUAAAUAAUGCUGCACUCCCCCCCCCCCCCUUUUUUUCUUUUUAAAUCAACUUUUAUGAAUGGCAUUGCAUUACUAGAAGCCUUUUUUUAGUGGACUUGUCGUUAAUACCGUUAUUGUGUGUUUGUGAGAAUUGACAGCUAAUAAAGACUUUGCAUUUCUGCCCAACAUUGGUAUAGGAAGUCGUGUGUGAUCUUACAUGAGCUGUUUUGCUUGUAUGGCACACUAAGGCUGGUGUCAUCUUUCUAAAUUCAUCAGAUUUAAUGAUUGAUGUUGCUUUAAACUUCAUUUCAUACACUCCUUACUGUUGCAGUCAUUUGUAGGCAGAACCCAUAGAGUUUUCUGCUAAAAUUACUAGAGCGAAGUUUGGUGCUGCAGUUGUUCAACCACCAUAAAUCAUUGGUAGUACUAUGCAUGGAUUUGGCAUGACUACGGAUUGGCAUGGCUUUGUUGACAGAGCAAAUGGCUGAUUCUUUUAUUGUUCUUUGCAGUUCAGCUGUGUUAUGUGCUAAUGGCACAUUUUAAAGGACAACACGGACAUAUCAAGGUGUUAUGCAUAUUUGACUCGCAAAUAGUAUGAACACUUCUCAGUGUGCAUGUUGCCAGAUCUGAAUGUUUUCGGAAGUGACGCUUGCUAUCGGAGACUAUUUUAUAAACUUAUAAACUAUUUUAUAAACAUGUAAUGUUCAGAGAAGAAUACAGUGAUAAAAUUAGUGGGUAAAUGAGGCUAAUCAUUGUCAUAAAGCAAAGUUGAAAUGAUAAUGCUAGAAGAUGGUUUGCUUGAAUCCAGAAGGAUGGAGAAGUUUUUACAAAUCCAUGUGUACUACCGUACCUCUCAUUUCCACACUUUGUGAAGCACUCUACCAUGCAGCGGUGUGUGCAUUGACACUACUGCUAGACGUCGCCGUAGUAACUCUAGUAGUAUGCAGAAGUCAUGCAUUAAUCUUCUAAACAUUCUUGUACAUCUCCUUGUGACCAUUUUUCUUAACACGUACCUGCCAUUUUAUGUGUCUGUGUACUUGAGCCUGCUGAGAAUGUCACUUGAGUAUGUGUUUGUAAAUACCAAUUGUUUGGGGUCAUCUUCGAUGUGGGCAUGUUUCAGAAGCUAAAUAUGAUAAUGUGGUAAGCAAGCUUAAUUGGCACCCAUACAUAUGGAAAGUUUCUGUAAAUAAACUCUUUCAAAAAAAUUUUGUGCUUCUGUGUU